AUGAUGAACAAGGGAACAACCUCCAGUUCGACGCUAGUUGGCUCAACAAGCGGGAGCGGUACGAGCGCAGGUAGAACUGGAGCUCCACCUGCAUCUGCCACAGGCGUCGAACAACAGCAGAGGACGCACCAGCACCACGUAGGACAACGUGUAUCCGCAGGAACUACUACUUCCGGGCCCGGUAGGGCAACCAGCAGCUCCGCCUCUGUUGGGGCUGGCCAGCAGGGUCCUAGUAGUCACGGCCCACCGGCACCAGCCUCCGAGUACGAAACAAGUUUGAUGACAACCGUUCCCGGGUCGACCGAACGGUACUACUCCGGGCGUAACCCCGAACUGGCCCCAAUAAACGCGACCCUCACGUUCGACAGCAUAUUCCAAUCCAUCAGCGAGCAGCGGGAAAAACUUGCGCAGUUGCUAGACGAGGGUGAUUCGACUACAACUGUGGGCGCCGGUAUCGGGAGCAAGACGUCGUACCCUCGGCCACUGAACGACCCAAACUUUCUUGCGUCGUCUAUCUUCGACACUACUUCAACAGGAACGCACAACAACAGAUCGGAUUUAGAAGUGGUGACAUCUCCAAGAACAGGUCUGUUCGCGGAAACCACGGCUGGUCUCUCGCCGAUUCCCGACCUUACUGGUCUCGGGACAAAAUUUCUGCACCCCAGUGUCCGAGAUCAAAAUGCUAGAGGCACCUCCUUCGCGGCACUUGUUUCGCCGAAGACCACGAAAACGCAACCCAAGCACGCGUGGGCGGUGGUGGCGCCGCCACCGCCUGUCAGCGGUGGAUCGACUGCAAACUAUCUGUCGUCGCCGCGUCGAAAUCUAUCCAUUGCAAACAAGUAUGUCUGGGUCUGGAAUAAACAUGAAAACUUGAUGUGAGGCUAGUACUUCUCGAGGACGCAAAAAUCUAUCGUGCAUGACCACCAAUAGAGCUGCACAUUUGUGACGAAGGAAAAAGCCAACUUCUUGUGGUGCAGGAUAGGCAUUGGAAAUCGCUCGCAAAUCUUGGAAUGCUUGGGUCCGCAUAUCAGAAUCAGACGGACCAUUCAAUAUUGUUGAUUUGUUCUUCUGAACAUAGUCUUCGCGUCGAGUGGAAAACGUGACUGAGAGACUCGAGAGUGAAAAGGAAAACGCUCGGACAAAUCGUUUAUUUGAAAUGCAAAUCGCAAAUCGGAUUUCUGUUUAUUCGUGCCGUUUUCUUCUUCAUCAUGCGAAACGUCGUCUCGUGCUUUUUUGCUUCUUCUGAAAACAAUUCUGAAUGGAAUUUCCACAGACAACGCGUGUGCUCCACUGCGGGCUCAAGGUCCCAAAUUGUGUAACAAUUUGUAAACAAACCAACCACGAAAUAAGUCCCGAAGUAAAUACUUCACGCGUGAUCGCGUAAAGUCAAUGACUCCGAAUUCCGUCCGGUGAAAAUAAACUGUUCCACGUUCCUACGGUUCCAGAAUUCGCUCGUGAUUCGUCAACGAAAUUCCAACAAAGAUCUGUUUCCAGAGGAGAGUGUGCCGCUUUCUGCAGUGGUAGCGGAAAAAGAGGCUGUAUCUCCAACCGUCUACGUCCGCCGUCCAGACGACGACAACUGCGGUUACUGUGAGAGAAGAUCCUCCCCUACGAACUGAGCCCAAUCGUCUACACUCGGGGAAACGGAAUGGCGAGUAGCAACGCCAGCACCUACGAGCGGCGGACUCCCGCUCGGAGCCGGCGCGGCCUUUGUUCUGAACGAGCAGAACAGGAUGGUCGCGAACGUCGCGAGUCCAGCGAGCGACAUCCCCGUCCGCGGAAAUAAUGGAGUUAAUUCGUCUGCAGGAAACAACUUGCAGAUGCAGAUCUCGAACAGUCCCGGUCUCAUGCAGUUCUACAAUCAGCAAGGUCUGCAGUGGCAAAAUGGAUCGGCCAUCCCAGCGAACGCCGGGCAGCCCAGUUACUGGGACAAUGUGAUCGGAACGACGCUGGAGGGAAGAACCCAAAUUCUCGGACAAGCUGCGUUCCAGUUGCAGAAUCAACAGGACCAGACUGUCAUGCAGAUGAAUCAAGCAGCCAUGAGAAUCGGGCAGGAGAGUCAGAUGCUGGGUCAAGCCGCUGCGCAGUUAAAUCAGCAGCAGCAACAGCUUGGCAGCGCCGCAAUGCAGUUAAACCAGCAGCAGCAGAACAUUAACAACAAUGCGGCGCAACUGCAACAGCAGAGCCAAUUCCUGCACCAGCAGCAGCAGGAGAUGAUUUCUUUGGGAAACACGACUGCGCAACAGCUACAAGCUGACGGACAGCAAAUCUUGAACCGUUUUGGUGGUGUUGGCCAGACGCUGCAGGGGCAUGGGCAGAACAUGAUCAAGCAGCAAAAGGAUAUUGCUGCGCUGGCGCAAAUUGCGCAGGAUUUGGAAAGUCAAACCAUUCUCCAGAAAAAUGAAAAAGAACAGUUCGCCACUGCCUUCCAGGAAAUGGCGAGAGAAAUCAAGCUCCUCAAGGAAGGAUCCGGCGCGACGAAGAAAAGGAAAAGCGUCGACCGGGUGAACGAAUUGGAGCAGAUCCAGGCUUCCUCUUCUUCUGGUGAGGACGCAGUGGACUGGAAAAACAUCAUCCCGAAUGAAGAAGAGGAUGAUGAUGCUGAGUCCUCGCUCUCCAGCAUGGCGACGCCCUUGGAUGAGAAAUACAGCAAGAAAAAGAGCGUCAUCAUCCAUGAAACCAUCCCGGAAGAAAAAGAGGAAGAGAAAGCACCUGACUUCGCUAAGAAGCUGUUCAACCCGGACACCAGAGAGGAGUCGGAACGUCAGGAGCGCUUGAGGCAGUUCCUCUCGAACUACAAGGCGCAGGCCGCCGCAGCCACUGCAAACAACCAGCAACAGUGGUGGGCAAAUGGCGGGAGUGCUGAAGGGUCGACCGCCGGAUACGGCAAGUACGGGGGAAACUUCAACUCCAAUCCCUACGCUGGACACGGACACGGGAAAGGCGACCAGUUUGCCGGGAAAGGAAAAACGAGAACCGGUUUUGCAAACUACGGAAGCAGCCCGUUCCUGUACCAGGGUCAGUACGACAUGGGCGGGGGAUUUGGAGGAAAUGAAAAGGACCUAGUGUCGCCGGAGUUGCCAGUGGGAACUUUGGAUUCGACCGUCGCGUUAGCAGUGCCGGGGGAAACUUCGGCGGAAAGGGAAUGAUGCAGUCCGGGGGUUACCAAAUCCAGGCACCCAAGAUGCCCGGAAUUGCAGAAUCUCUCCUGCCUGUCGGGACCCGUCGCGACGGAGUAGUGCGGUCAGAAAAAUUCUUCUUCACGAAGUUGACUGUCGAAUCCGCCUACAAGGAGCAGAGUGGUGAUCCUGUUGGUGUUCCGCCCGAAUGUCGGCUCCUGAUCAAGGACCGAAUGCCGGAUCUGCCCGCGCCGACCGUCAAAGAAAGCUGUGCUUUGUGCGGAUGGCUGGAAUCCCUCGAGGAGUACUUGAUGGGAUUGGUCCGGGACGAUAACAAGCGCAGCGAGGGCAGAUUGUUUGUCCCGUCGAGAAACGAACACGGAAUCAUCGAAGAGAUGUUGUUCGAGAUCGACGCGGAUCGGGCGAAAGUUUCCAAGUUCUAUCAUUGCGCGCCGAAGUCCAUGAAGGAGAAGGCCCGUCGCUUCUACUUCAAGCGCAACUUCCGCGAAGCCUACACCUUCGCCAACCUGUCCGAAGCGAUGUGCCUCGCGUACCCGGCUGGUUUUGUGCGGAACCGCAUCGAGGCGCAGAAGUGCAAGAGCUUUUACUUCAAAAAGGGCGAAGAUCCGAAACAGGGUCUGAUGCGGUAUGUGGAUGUUGCCCAGGAUGCUGGCGCGAACCCCUUCCCGGACGACCAUCGCGAGCGGCGUCGUGUGUGGGAAGAUUUCAUCACCAAGUGCCAGAACAAGGAAAGCCCACGGGUAAACAACUUCCCCAUCGAGUUGACAAUGAGCUUCAUGAUGGCGCCCGGUUUUGCAACCCUAGAGGUGCCGUACCUGGAAGAGUUCAUCAACUACUUGAACAUGCGGGAAAGUGUGGGUGUUCUGCAGCCAGGAAAUGAUGAGUCGACCGUCCGCGACAUCGGCAUGGCAAAAGAAGAAGUUUUUCCGAUUUGUGAAGAGGCGGGGGCGGCCAUCCCGACUUCUGUUGCUGGAACUUUCGGACCAGGAAGCGAAAUGGUUCUGGCCGCGAAAACCAAUCCGAGAAGCAGCUACCCGCUUGAUCCGAAAAAGCCGCGCGGAAAAUGGCCAGCCAACAACCAGAAGUACGCCGGAAAGUGGGAGAACAAUCAGAACAACCAGCGCUGCGCCUGCCGUAAGUGUCUCUCGACAGAGCACGGAGCGGACGACUGUCCAUACGAAGCGAAGGUGUGUGGUCUGUGCUUCUCCCCCGAGCACAUAAAGAAGGAUUGCCACCUCUUCAAGAAAAAGAUCCAAGCGGGGCAAGUGAUUGAGCCGGUCACGUCGCUGCUGCAAUCGGAAAAAUUCCUCAAGUCCAGCAUUGAAGAAAAAGUAGCUCUCCAUCCUCGUCGAGGCGCUGGGAAGUGGAGAUAUCGACACCGUGCUCUUCUCCGUGAUCAAGAAGGACGAUUCUGAGCGUGCUUUUGCCCUGAGCAUGAAGGAAGAUCCGGUGAAGGAGAGGGAGUCGAUUUACUACAACGCGGAAACUUUCGGUCGCAACGAGAUGAGCCAGGAGUUGGCGUUUCCGGUCCGGGAGGGUUUCCAGGCGGGCCACAGCGGAAGCCACUAAACUCAACGCAGGACAGCGAAAGUGUUUCAGUUUUGAGUUCUCCGGUUACGAGAGAAGAAGAACCGGAAAACAGCAAGGGUGUUGCCGAACUUGCAAGCGAAAAAGUUGACCUUCGCGAAUUUGUCAACUUUGCACUACGUCGAGCUUUGUUUUCCUCUACCGACCGCGGACUCGACGAAAAUUCCUACAGCAUUUCCAACAACGUCGAGACGAUUAUCGAACAAAUUCUCGCGGAGCGGCGCAGUGACUUUAUCAGUAAAGAAAUUGAAGAAAGUAGUCCCGUCAUCUCUCGUGCCAUUUUGGCAGAAAUAGUACCACGUGACACCACUUUGGCAAACCAAGAGUCAGAAGCUGACGGCGCGACCAUUUUGGCAACCGGAGGCAAAACCGAGACCAAAAACGACAAAGACGAAGUACUCUUCACGAUCGAAAAGUUUACAAUCCAGCUCGAUGAUGGCUACAGCGUGAGUCUCUACCUCACCGAGUUGACCUGUGCUUCCUGCAUUGAAAGAGCAGAAAGACACGGGAUUACUUUACCAGAAGAUGAGCUGUCUGUUGAAGUAGCACGCGGAAUCGGCGGUGCGCAGCGAAGCAUCCUGAAGAGGAUAGCAGUGCCGUGCAAAAUCUGCGAUACAGCAGGGCGGACGUACGCACUCGGGAUGGAAAAGGCGACCGUCACCCGUGAAGGACCGAACCUUUUCGGAAUGUCGAUGUCACCCAGGGCCGGCCGCUGCGCCGGGCGGCUUAUCGAAUGCCUAUAAAAUUUCUGGGUUUUCGUUUUUUGUGCUCUGCCGCUGCUGCAGGUGCCAAGGGCAGAAGCCUUUUGCUGUUUUCUUCCCUUUGUGGUGGCGCCCCGUUUUUGUUCUCCUGUUUUCUUUGGACUUUAGGGCAAAAUGGUGGACCCAUCUGCCCCCGUUCGCAUUUGGCGCUGAUAUUUUGGUGUUGCCGCGCCCGUCUGGCUAGGCCUUGGCCAUAUGCUCUCGCUUUUUCUCUCCGGGAUCGGGUGGCGCUUACACAUGGGAGUGGGAUAUGUGUGUCUCUGGGGGGUCUUGCAGUCAUUUUUCCCAUCGUAUUGUCUCCCGCGGCAAUACGAUCGGAAAUCCAGAUGGAUUUGUGGUAUGGGAUGAAGGGAGCGCUGGUGGUCAAGACCAGCUCGUUGCAUGUCAAACAUCGGAUGAAGCGUCCUCGGCAUGUUGUUGUCAUCUCCGCGUGAAAUGACAACAACGCAACGUGCUCCGCAGGGGCGGUCAGCGUUGGGCUCUCUUCGAGUCCCGUCUAUCGACCCACUAACGACGUCGCUUUAUUCCUUAUAAUUGUUCCUUAUAAUUCGCCAAUUCCGAGGCAUGGAGGAUUCCUUACUGAUUUCAGUAAGGAAUCCUUCAUGCCACCGGAUAAGAGAAUUAUAAGAAAUUUUAUAAGGAAUAAAGCGGUCGUGAUUCGGGGUCGAUAGGCGGGACUUAUAAGAGAAUUUAUAAGGGGAAAAUAUAAGACAGAAAUAUAAGACAGAAUUAUAAGACAAAAAUAUAAGGGAAAAAUAUAAGAGAAAAAUAUAAGGGAAAAAUAUAAGUGUAAGCAUGAUCAAGAAUUUGUUCUUGACAAGCAUCCCGAUCUGAAUUGACUAAAUUGAAAUCACGAUGUAAAUCACGAUGCUACGAUGAUGAUUCAAAAUGAGGUCUCAUGCAAAUCAAUGUUCAUGAGACCUCAUUUUGAAUCAUCAUCGUAGCAUCGUGAUUUACAUCGUGAUUUCAAUUUAGUCAAUUCAGAUCGGGAUGCUUGUCAAGAACAAAUUCUUGAUCAUGCUUACAAUAAGACAAAAACAUAAGGGAAAAAUAUAAGGCCAAAACAUAAGCGGCGGGGCUUCCCUGUUUUGUGAUCUUGGGUGGGGUGGGGAAUAUCUGGGUUCCGGGAUGGGGCAUCCCAGCGACGUGUGGGUGGGGUCUGCAUGAAUAAGGCCUGGGAGGAUUCCUCCCUCCAUGGGCGAAGUGUUUGUUGUUUUUGGGUGUUUUUCUUUGGGGGUGGCUUCGGUGGUUCGAAGUCGAGGUGCUUUUUGUUGUUCUCCUUCCGGGUUGAGAAGGAGUUCAUUGGAGCGGCAGCAGGACGCGCUUCUGGGAUUGGCUUUUGUCCCGACUCUUUUUGUCGGCGUCGUCUUUGGGGUGCUGCACCGGGUGCAGGCCGGCGCCAAAAAGGUUCAAGCCUGGAUUUUUUUUAGGCGAAAUAUAGCAAGAGCCCCGCAAGGCGCGGCCCUGGGUGAUCGAUGCGCAAGAGGUGCUACUUCACGGUAGUACUGAAGCCCGGAAGACCUGAGAUCUUCGAGGGUCACGACGGGAGCGAGCUUGUAGAGUUCUCCGGCGAGAAUCAGGCGUAUCUCCGAAGCUUCGACCUCGAGCCAGAAGAUUGCGCUGUGAUUCAGAAAAUGCAACAAGAGCAUCCGCAGGAGAGCUGGGGCAGGCCGAUAUUCGCGUCGAAGCUAAAGCCGAAAGGUUCAAAGACGGCCCUCUACGACUGCGAUCCAAAUACUGUAAAACAGUACAAAGAAAAGACUCGGCGCGAAAAACUCUACCAGGAAAAGUCACGCCUUGUUUCUGAACAGGUCAGCCACGUCGUCGAAAAUCCGCGCGAGCCCUUCCGUGCACAAGAGGAAGCGAUGGCGCUCCGCAUGUUUGACCGUGGCGUCGAUCUCGCUGUAGCCUGCGAAAACAGCAAAGCAACUGCACCUAGGAAAACAACUGCGGUGAAUCUCCAUUCACUGGGGUGCAGCUGGAACAACUGGAAGAGCAUCCAGAAGUGGCUCGACGAGAGCGAAGAUCACGGCUACAUCGGGCGCGGGAAGAACUGCAAGUGGGGGAAUCCUUUUCGAGUUGGGGCGCAUGGUGAGUCACGGCAGGAGGUUUGCGAGCAGUGCCGCGAGUGGUGCAUCGAGCGAGGAUUUGAUCAGGAUGCAAAGACGGAACUAGCAGGAAAAGCACUCGGGUGCUUUUGCAAACCAAACAAGUGCCACGGAGAUAUCCUUCUUGAAUUUCUCGUCUGCGAGGAGGUGGGCGCAAACCAGGUUGGCGGGAGCCGCAGCUGGAGGGAUCCACCACCUCAAGUUCAGCUGGAAAAUGAAAACAGCCUAAAAGUCAGUCGAGAAAACAUCUUCCGUGUCAGCACCGCGCAACUGAAAAGAAACGGAGACCGCGGGGGUUACGCCGUCUACCGAGUCGUCGACUUCGGCCUGACAAAAGUUCCUCUUACGCCCGAGUGGCUGAGAGAGCGGGUGAGGCUGCGUCGAGUAAUCGACAUACAGCGUCAGGAGCGGGCAGUUCGAGAUUUAGUAAACGAUUAUUCUCGAAGUGACCUCAUCCAGUCCCAGCCCACAGUUCCCGGAGGAAAGUUCAAGUACAUCAGUAUUGAUUACUACUUUCACGUGGCAGACGACGGCGGCGCUUUACAAGGAAAAGCACGGGAGCGAGCUGUUCGUCUUCGGGGAAAAAUAUCCGACGAAUGCCACGAGGCUGCUGUACAAUUCGAAGAAGCAAUUGACUAUGGCGAAAUAGGGCCAGGUGUGCAGACCGGGAAUGUGAAGCAAGUCAAGGCAGAAAACGAAGAGAGCGGGUCGCUCCGUCUCCGACAGCCGCGAGCUCUCGAAGGAGUGAGAGUUUUUACCUGCAGAACCAUCGAUGACUUACCCGAACCAGUGCGCGGGAUUGGAUUCAGAAUCCACGUCGAUGAAGAUCCUGAGCUACAAGAGGUGAAAAACUCGUUCCCCGAUCUUGCUCGGGAUAUGACCGAGAAGAAGAUUCGUACCGGCUUCAGCGAGGAACUCAUCGACAGCAUCGACAAAAACUACAUCUCCGACAAGAUCACGAUGCUGCGCGAGCACAGUAGACGCAAGCUCAUCCUGAUCGAUGGCACUGGAGUUGGUCUAAGCGUCGCGGUCGGUGAAAGAAUCAAGCGAGCCGGAAGAUCGAGCGUCGUUUUCCAUUCCUCAACCGCAAAGGAGCUCUUCGCCCAUGAGUACACCCUCCUCAAUGACGGAACAGCUAUCCGGUAUAGCGAGGAAGAGCAACUCCGGGCUGGUGCGGUUCUUUCCUGCUUCAGGUUCGUGAAGAAAGAGCACCGCAGCAAACUUCGGGCAAUCCAAGAGAUUCUGUAUCUCACUGGAAAAGUCGGAAGUGAGAAACAGUGCUACGACCUGUGUCGCAAGAGACUGCACACGGUCGGGCAGGAGGAACUGGGCGAGCUUGUGGCGAUUGUAAGACGGGACUCGAUGGCAGGGUUAAAAUUUGGACUGUCCAAACGCAACAAGGCGUUGACCGGGUGGGACCCGUGCGUUGCAGGCAUGCGGGGAGGCGUUACUCUGAUCGACACGCGUUUCGUGACCGAAAGCGGAAUCGUGUGCGUGGUCAUUGUGUGUCUCUCGCUUCCGGACAAGAGGUCUGGAGCUUUUGUCUGCGGGACAAAGUUCAAACUCGAGGGGCUGACUGCACGCUCGAAACUCACCGAAGAGGAGAAAGAUGAGCUUCGUGGCGGUGUGAUGAUCAACCUUUUCACCGAAUUUGGCGAACGUCUGUUUAACGGCGGUGCGUCCCCGACGAAAUCCGACAUCGUCAGAGCCGUGUGCUUCUUCCUAAGUUUGAAAUUGAUCAGGAGGAAGAUCUACGCGGGCGCGGGGAUGGAGAGCAUUGGACUGGAAGACUGGACUCCCCUCUCGAACAGCGGGCGGGAAGUGUACACUCUACCCACCGGAGCGCCAGUGUACCCAAUCGAGCGGAGAAUUCUCGCACUAAAAACAAUCACGAAGAGACUGAGAAGAGUUCCAUCGUUCGCGAGGAUGACGCUGCGCGUGCUGUUCAACGAGGCAAGCGAGUGCCUGGGAAAUGCUUCUUCCACCGGGCUCCAUGGUCGGUCGCCAAAUGAACAAUGGUGGGGAAUUGAAACCGCUCGAGACACGCUUGCAACUCAUCCCGACGACGCCGCGGUGGCGGUGCACACCUUCACCGGAGGGGAUCUCGAGUACACGAUCCAACACUUAAACGAAGCGCGAGCCCGAAUCUUCGGCGAGCUGAUGAGCAUGCAGUGCGAAAAAUCCUACGUGGAUGCGGUAAGCAAAAUUAUCGCGAACUGUCGCGCGCGGCUUCGAUCAGCUAAUCGCGAAGACAUGCAGGUCGGGGAGUAUGUGAACGCUCACAGCCCGCACAUGCAUGGCGUCGAUACCGUCAGCCCCAUCUUCCAAAAGAACACGAACAAGGGUGCAUCUGGAACUGACUACGUGAUCCAGACCAAACGCGGACUACAGACGGCAAAGGAGAACCGUAUUAGCCCGCAGCACAACCUUGGCACCUUCUGCGACGUUCCAACAAGCCUGCAGCCGCUCUGUGAGCUGGAUUUUAAAAGAGGAGGUAAAAUUUUUGAAGCCCAGCGUCGCAAUUUGGCAAAGCGAGAGGAGUAUGGAGACGAGUUAAUCCAUCGCGAGAAAGCUUCCACGCACGAGCGCGGUCCUUUCUUUGUUCUUUCCGACCCCCGGGGAGUGGGUAGCAAGCGAAAGCGCAAAAAUGCCGAUCCUCUUGCGCUGGAAGAUGACGAAAACGAGGAACCAGCGAUGGGAGAAAACAAUUUUGACGACGUCGACUUUCUCCAGGACGAUCAAGGUGGCGCAAAUAUCAACAGGGAAGACGAUGCUAUCCUAGAACGAGAGGAAGAAGGCGGCGAGGAUGAUCUUCUCGAGAGUGUUGGUUUUGUGAAUGUCACGGAACAGGUUCAAGAAGUAGCGGCUGCACGUGAGAACCUGGGGUCAUCCACCAUGCAUAUCUUGAAAGAAGCAGAACAAGAUCAGGGCGAUGAUGAAAGCAAUGAAAUUCCAAGCGAGUUCGCAGAGAUGGUAGAAGUGAUGACAUUCCCAAAGCGAGGACAUCGCCGAGCAGUCCACAAGGUAUUGCAGCACGCAGACGCUGGAAUCUUGAAAGAGGACGACAUGCUGAGCCAACUGGUCACGCAUACGAUGUAUAACAAAAUCGACGGCAUCCAAAUCACUGCGAAGGACAUCAAGGUCAUGGACGGGUGGGCUCCUCCAGAGGAACGCAGGCCGCUUGACAAGCCCGAGCUGCAGAAGGAAUUUAUUGCGGCGCGGAACUACCACAAGAUCGAUUUUGUGCACAGCAAGGAGGAGCACGCUGCUGCUGGCGGUGGGAAGUGUUUGAGGAUCAUCAUGUGGAGCCUGGUCCCGAACCUCAGCUACGAAGACCUGGGAUUGCUUUCAAUCUUUGACAGGAACAGCAGCAGGCACCCCGAAGUUGUCCGUCGCAUCCAGGGCCCACUCAAGUAUCCGGACGUCGAUCACAGUUUUGUGGAAAGUCCGUCGGGUCUCGCCGCUCCAAAACUCUUGGUCAAGGGCCACAACAAAGAGUGGGGGCAGAUGUUUGACGAAAACUUGGUGGAAGUGUGGACUGAAGGAAAGCUGUGCUCAUCGGAGCGAAUCCUUCCGGGGCGUGCGCUCUGCGAUUUGAAACUUGUCACACCAUGGCACUACAAAGUUGCCAUUAGGGUGGUACCAGGUGGACAUCGCAGUAGCAUCAGCACAGCGGCAGAGUCGCCAACGAUGGGAGAACACGGCCUCAGCCUCAUUUUGAAUGUCUUGCGUCACAUCCGGAACAAAAGCCGACGCAUUCGCUCGGGGGAUGUACCAAGAGCAUUCUUGAAAAGUGUCAGGCUUAAAGAGGAGAACCGUCCGAGGUUCUAUUUCCCCAGCAACGUGACACAGCCGGACGUCCUGCGGGAGUUGAAAAGCAGACUCGGCAUAGGACCCGGGACCGUGCUACUUAUGAACAUAAGUUUGCACGGGUUGAAGGAGGCAGCGUUGCUAUGGUAUAGAACCACUUCGCAGCACCUCCUCUCCAUCGGAUUCCGAGUCUCUCCGAACAGCCCCUGCAUCUUCGUCCGUGGUAAAGAUCGAAUUGGACUGCACGUUGGCGACGUCCUGUUUGCAGGAACUUCGGACGGAUUCGGAAAAUUUGCGAAGGAGAUGCGGGAUCGCUUUGGGUUAGAAAAUUGGUCCUCGGCUGAAUCUGGGUUCGUGUACACGGGCACUCACAUACAAUAUUUUCGGGAACAGGAGGUGAUUGACACGAACAUGGCGCAGAAGGUCGAAGAAAUUCAGGAAAGCGUGAUCCUGUCGGACCUCUCCGCGCCACUUCUCCCAGAGCAAAUUACAGCGUUAAAAGCAGCAAGCGGAAGUCUUCUCUUCAUCUCCAGGAGACACGUCGAGAUAAGAUUUCCGGUUCGAGCUCUUGCUCUCGGAAACGACGACUCCAAAGACGGAAGAUGGCUGGAGGCGCACAACGGAAUUAUUCGUCGUCUCAAAUCCUCCACGGUCGGCGUAAAAAUCGACCUGAGUUACGAGCGGGAGAUCUUCGCAUUCUUUCCUGAUGCAAGCUACCAGUCUCCUGCUACUCCGGAAGAAGUCCACGCCGUGCACGAAGAAUUCGACGCCCGACCAAUCUUCGUCUUGGAUGAUGAAGAGAUCGCUGCUAGACGAGAACACUUCGAUGAGCAGUCCGGUGUUCUUUUCUGUGGAAGGAGCACCUACGAGGAAGCUCUUGCUUUGUCCCAGAAGUCCGACACUGAACGGCGAAAGAAGAAGCGCUACAGCAGCAUCACCGUGCCCAGUGGAGUGGUCGACGACACCGAAAGACUCGCUAAGCAGCUGAGGCCGGUGAUCGGACACAUUCUGCUGUCGCUGUCGGAGGACGACUUCGAAAUCUACUUGCAACAGCAGAAAAGCGUAAAGCGAGUAAUGACGUCGAAAGAAUGCGAUGCACUUGAAAAAUUCUGCAUCAGGUGCUCCUACCUCGGUAGCGACACUGUAUUCUUCGCAAGCGCACGGAAUUCCUCCUACGCUGCUGAAAUCGAGGCUCUGGCGGAAAGCGUGCCCAUCCUCGAAAUGUGCCUGCUGAAGUGCCAAGCAUGGGGGCUCUCCGUGAAAAGCGUCGCACUGAGCGACUCGAAGUCUGCGGCUGCGCGCAUCGUCAGCAAAAGCGUGAUCUCCGUGCAGGAUGCUGAUGUGUGCAAGCCCUUAGCGAAAUUGAAGGACCUCUACAUGAAGUCGGAGUGGGGAGUCGGCUCGUGUACGGAUAGGGUGAAUCCGGGAGAUUCCUUCGCAAAAAUUUCUUCGGGUUUCAAGAUGGGCGAGCUGCUCGAGGUGCUACAAGGAAAGUUCAGCGCACCACUCGGGCAACUUUUUGUCUUCGAGCGCACUUAUACGUGGGAGCGUCCGUUAGCUCCGACCACGACCGCGAUCUAGAAAAUGCACUACAAGUUUUGUCUUUUUUCCGAAAAGGUGUACGAUCAACGACUCGACCGAGAACUUGUUUUUGUUUCCACAGCUUUUGCUUCCGACCGGACGGAUUUUCAAAAUUCUCUUCUACCGACGGCGGAUUCUAGUGCGAGCACUUCUCAAAAAUGAACCGCCUACCACAAACAGUGUAAGAUGAGUUUUUGUGUUGAUCGACAACAGUCUCUACCUCUGCUCCGGAACGACGAAUCAUCGGGUCGAAAGUUUUGCGGUGCCGUCAGCUGGUUCUAUCUUCAGAAAACUCUCUACCUCUGCUCCAGUUUUGACGAAACAGCACCAGGGUGACCAAUCUCUUGAUGACGCCGCCCGGUUCUAACAAUCAAGUCGACAACAAAAGAAGUUUAGAAAUACCUUCACCGGACCGAUACAGGAGUUAGAGACGAAACCUUCACCAGAACAGAAUUCCCGCAGGAGUGGUUCGAGUGGAGUCGACUCCAGCAGGACCUGUAUCAACAAAACCCUUCGUCCAGCAGUGUUGGCGAAUAUUUCCUGGUCGGAUAGAAUCUCUUCAGAGUAGGAGCACGGAUUCUCCUUGUUAGCUGGUGACGCGAGUGGGUCUCUGUCGAGUCUUUUUCCGGAAAAGAACCGCGGUGGAGCACGAGCUGAAAUCACCAAUCGUUGAAGAGCCACCCUACAUGGGGAGGCGAGUACCAGGGGGCCCCGACGAGUAAACGAGCGGUGGUUUGGGUCUGCGAGAUGCGUGUGGCUCGGGCUCUCAAUCACAAACUCCACCCCCCGGGCACUGUUGAUUUGUUCUUCUGAGCAUAGUCUUCGCGUCGAGUGGAAAACGUGAUUGAGAGACUCGAGAGUGAAAAGGAAAACGCUCGGACAAGUCGUCUAUUUGAAAUGCAAAUCGCAAGUCGGAUUUUUGUUUAUUCGUGCCGUUUUCUUCUUCAUCAUACGAGACAUCGUCUCAUGCUUUUUUGUUUCUUCUGAAAACAAUUUUGAAUGGAAUUUCCACAAACAACUCGUGUGCUCCACUGCGGGCUCAAGGUCCCAAAUUGUGUAGCAAUUUUUUAACAAGCCAGCCACGAAAUAAGUCCCGAAGUAAAUACUUCGCGCGUGAUCGCGUAAAGUCAAUGACUCCGAAUUCCGUCCGGUGAAAACUGUUCCACGUUCCUACGGUUCCAGAGUUCGCUCGUGAUUCGUCAACGAAAUUCCAACAAAGAUCUGUUUCCAGAGGAGAGUGUGCCGCUUUCUGCAAUAUGUGGCCCAUAAGUUGCAUUGCAUGAAAAACGGUCGCACUCUUCCAGGAGACCCAGACGUAUUUGCAACGCUUGAUAGAGUCGAUUGCUCGACAAUAAUCCGGGGACCACGCUGCUGGAGACAGAACCGAACGCAUCUCAAUCGGUGGAAGCCUUGCUGGCCAGUGUGGACAAGCGGAAGAAAAAUAUCUCGCGAUUACUUGACGAUAUCAACUGCGAAAGCAUUAUUUACAGUGUGCCUUUAGGGAAAUAUGGCAGAAAGCAUUUGCGAAGGUGACCUUUGCAGGAGUGGUGCCGAAGCAAUGAACGUGCGUACCCACGCAGACAGCGACGACGUACAGACGUCUUUAAUAAAUACAGGCUCUUCAUCUCCAUAGUGGCUUCUCAGCAUUCGUUAUGGAAGAUUGGCCCAAAUAGGACCCAAAGGAAAGUGUCGCUGGAACCUCUGCCUCCAUUAGGGACGAAGAGAAGGAGUUCUACUGCUAGCUGCGCGUUACAAAUGCAGCGCUUUGUAGCUGAAAAUCAUCGCGCCGUUCCAGCUCUGCCUGCGGGAUUGCCUGGCGCCGUGAAGCUUGUUGCGACCCCGUGCUAGUAUCAGUGCACGUGCACAGCACCCCGGUUCUCAUGCGAAAAAAAACGACGUUCACGUUGACACCGAAGUCAUAUGAGUCGCAAUUUCAGCAUUUUCGCAAAUGCAGCGGUCAGAAAUUCUGUUUGUGACCGCCGACAGCAGUCGAUUUGCGAAGGAUACGAGAGCUGGAGGAACAAGUAUCAGAAUGAAAAAUCUUCCUUCCCCAUAUCAAAACGAAACUGCUCAUGCUGGAUUUGCGUACACAAAUGAGAUUUGUCUUGCUGGCGAGGACUGCAGGCCCAUAUCAAGCCUGAGAAGACAGGUCCUGGCCUAGGCGCUUAGCGUGACAGACUUCUACGCUGUAGGAGCAUAAGCAUGAGAAACCGCCUGUAGAAUGCGGCGGAGCUGCCUGUGGAGUUGCCUUCAUGCAACACAGAGACGAGAACAUACCUUGUCCUUGUCACAAAUCAGCAUCAGAGACGAAAACAUGCCUUGUCUUGUGGUCACAAAUCAGCAAAUUUUCGAAAACAUAGAUACCUUGUCAAUAUGGGGAGGGGGGAUUUUUCCUUUUGAUAACAAGACCGCGCGCUUCUCGGAGAGGAAGAGGUGGACGCUGCAGGGAAAGGAGAAAGCCUACGAAGCCUCGACCUGCUGGGCAACUACGCUAGCAGCAUCAGCAUAUCAAAAGUAAAAAUGUCUGGGUCUGGAAACUUGUGAUGCUGGGUGGCGUCUCAUGAUGAGGCUACAAAUGCUGGCGCAGCAUGACAAGUUUCUGAGCUGCUAGGUGUUGCCUCUUCUGCAUGACAAACUGCGCUUCUGCAUCACAGAAAAACGGAGCUCUUGGGUAACGUGCAUGACAGAUUUAAGAGUCAUGCCAGACAAGCAUGACAAACAUGAAUUCUUCCAGACCCAGACAUUUUUACAUUUGAUACAGCACGGGUCGGAACGACUACGACAGAAAGCAUGCACUGCAAGAAGUCGAAGGUGGUACUAUAGAAGGAGCAGGAGGAUCAUAUCAUUCCUCCUUGUUUUUGCAACUGGAGGAUUACAGCACGCCCCGGACGACGGGGGCUAUGUUUGCCAGCGAUAUCUUGUUUUCUAAUUCGCCAAGAAUGACUGGCCGAGACGAGGCUCCUGCGGACCGUGUGCUAAAUCUUCACCACGAUGACAACUACUUUGCAGAUGAGGCUGUGCUGGAAGAUACGUCCGACAAGGAUCCUCUCUUGGAGAUCGGUUUCUCUUCGCUGCAGGUGGAAGGGGCUCUGCACGGCAGCUCCCUACGUUACUCCCCGACGCGCUAUCAAUCCAGCCCUGUUCGGUCCAAGUCCCUCGCCGAAGUAGCAACUGGAGGUAAGAACUACAAGGGUGGUGUUCGCAGCCCGAUAGGAAAGACAAGUCAAGGCAAGCGGCACACAAUUCGAAAAUGAAAAUUUCAUCCCCCUCCCUAUACGACUCGAAUAAAAGGACACGGGUACUUGUCAUGCAGCUGGAUGUAUAUGUUGUACACAAGGCUGUUUAAGUUUAGAUCCUAAGCUGCCUGGAUAUGGAUUUUUAGGUUGUUCUCUUUAGCGUGCCAGACCCCUGGUUCUCUUCAGGCGCAUGAGGAGCAGCGUCACAAAUCGCCUGCGCGACGCCACGGAAUCCUAUGUAAUUGCCUGCUCGCAGCCGCAGGACAGUGCUGAUUUGUCGCCACAGAUCCGCCGGCGCGGGUCGGGGGAUGUUCAUGUUUGCUUAUGAUACACGGUGAACUUUAGCAGCUCUCCUGUAAUAUUCGCCGCUGGGGAGCAGCACGGCGGAGAUCGCAAUAAACAAGGCGCGAGACCACGAGGAGCGGGUAAAGCCAAAGACAAUAAAGAAAGCAAAAGUGCAACUACCUACUCGCCCGAUGCUGCAGAGAGGAAAGGGAAACUCUUUGGCUGGAGCAAGUCGAACAAGCAGGGCACGGGAGGCGGGAAAAAGUCAGCGCCGUCGAGCCCGGUAGUUGCGGUCCGCACGCAAGGCGGGGAGGCUACGCCGAAAGGAAAGACCGCCAAGUUUCACCUUGGCAAGGCUAACAUCAAGGGCGGGGAUCCUUCUGCUUCUGCAGCUUCGUCUCUGAUGAACAAGGCGAAAGGCGACAGCGGUAUAAUUACCAAAACGGGAAAAAAGAAAGGACCGUCUUAUUCGGCUGGCGCGGUUCAGCCCCCGGGGUCGCCGCCGCUGGCAACUGCGAAGAACGGUUUGAAAGGCGGCAAGAAGUUUCUGCCCAAGGGAAAUAAGAAGCCGGUAGCAAUAAAGUCGGUCCCUGUUUCGCCGCGCGAAAAGAAAGGAACUGAGGCCGAGCUGCACUUCGACUAUUUCACCGACGUACAGGGUAUUUUUAACAAGGCAUCGUUGCCGGCAACCCCGAGAAAUAAAGCCACGAAGAAUUCUAUCCAGAAAGCUGAACAAGGCAAGGGCGGACAACCGCAAGCCGCGACCUCUGGGGAGCUGCCGGACGUCGGCGCUGUGCAAACCCCCGGGACUGCAAAUGGAAGUGGAAAAAACAAGGCGUCAAAGGUUGGGAAAAAGGGCUCGCCCGCUAAGGAAAGCGAGAGUUCAUUGUCCUCCCCGAUGAAGGGGGCGUCCGGUACUAGCGGCAAGUAUCUCCCUUCAUCGAAGGAAAAUAAGAAAGGCAGCUCGGGAAAAAUGAACGCCUACGGUCCGGCAGGAGCCAACAAGGGGAAAAAGAAGAACAGCAACAUCGCUGAUGUCGAUGUCGGGUCCAUAUCGCUGCAAAACGAUGAAGUAGAUGCAAGCUCGCGAAUCUCGGAUCGAGGUGAAUCCGGAAACAUCGCGCCAGUUGUGGAAAGUACUCCUGCCGCCGUGACACAUAGCGACGGAGCGCUACUGGUGCCUAGUAUCAUCACGCAAAUAAGGUCGGUCCCCAUGACCCCAGCAUGACGAGAAGCCAUUUCUUGUUGAGAGCCAGCACGUAAAGUACAAAUAAUGAAAAAGUUACUACGCAGGCAAGGCUAGUACAGCCGCAAUCAGCUCGAGGAACUCGAGACCGAGGAACAGGAAGAUUUAUCUUUCUCGGACGAGCGGAAUGAGAGGCAGCUUAGGAAACCCACGAUAAGCUGUUGUACUUAUGUAGUUGCAAGAGACACAGACAACAUUUUAGCGGCAGUAGACGGUGACGGUUCAUUGAAAAUUUGUAUCGGGGGCACAUGCAACUGCAACAGCCAUUGUAGUCACAUGAAGCCUGGGUCUCUUUUCUAAUGGUGUUGCCCAGGUGCACAUCUUGCUUGACUUUGUUAUUUAUACCUAUUUGCGCUUCCUCAGAUUCGACAACGAUUGAGGCCGCAGCCGGGCGCGCUUGUUGCUGUAGCCCGCGUCGCUUUGGCUUUUCGUGGUUGGAGUUGUAUAGUGACCCUACUUUGUACAUGUACCAUCCUCGUCGGUCUCUCAGAAUUACACCGAGCGCAUUUCUUGUUUUCACUCUGCUGUUGGGGGCCGGGCUCUUUUUCACGUGAUGCAAGUCUUAUCGCCGCCUGCGCCACGAUAUGAAAUGCAAAUAGGUGUGGGUACUGUCCUGGAAGCAUGGAAGUCUGUUGAUAUCGUAGUCUUCAAUCAAUGUGGACGAGGAAAGAAAAAACUGAUAAAAAGAUGUAUUGCCUGCCAAUUUUGCCUCACAAUAGGGGGGCAGGAGAUAAUUUUUCAUCCGAAAAGAAUUCUUCCAAAAAACGUGAGUAAAAGUUCUUUGGCAUAAGUACAGAUGUAGCUGCGCUUAAGGUACAGAGCUUCGCUUCAGAACUUAGACAGAUUUGCAAUGCAUACCUGGGAUUCGGUCGUGGAAUCGAUCGUGGCAAAGUUUGAGGCGCGUGAGCAAACAGAACAACUUAGUAGCGAGCAGGCGUUUGACAAGAUAAAUUCCCUCCUCGAUACGGUGCAGGGUCUCAAGUCAAAAAAGCUGGUACUUAUGUACUUACUUUACUUUUACCCCGUUUUUUUGGGUAAUACUACUACUUACUUUACUUUUUUUUACAUUGUCGCGUUUACCCGGUCCAUUUUUGGAGGCUCGAAGAAAAAAAGUACUUAGCGUUUUCGAAAAAGAAGAAGGUUCAGAGUGGACCGCUGGGUUGUAGUUCCUGCAAAUCAUCUACUGUGUACUUUACCACAGAACGAAGUCGAUAAUUUCGAGGCGCGACGGCUGCACUUACUCCAGCAACAGGUGUAUCAAGUGCAAAUAUUUAUUCUGGGUCUGUGGAAGACUGCAGACAUUUGUCAUGCAUCUUGUGGACAUCCAAGAACGAAGGGGCAGGUCUGAAAUGCACGCAGAGCAUGACAAGAUCCGCAGAGGCCACUCGAUGCCAGCCUGCAUGAGAAAUGCCCUGUUUUGGAGACACGGAGCGCGCACUUUCUGCUGUCUAUGCAGCACGGAUAUUCGUCUACUCCAAACUCAGCAUCACAAGUUGGGACGUUUCCAGACCCAGGCGUACUUGCAAUGCAUAAGAUGAAACUUGGGACCAGUGACGAAACCGAGGAACGAGCGAGCUAUGACGAGUUGAAGAAACAGGCGCUCGAUAUUCUAGCCGAGCUGGACAGAAAGAGUACGUACGUGGAAAAAUCUUCUUCUGUUGGUUGGUUGUAGCGUAGCAAUGAAGUUGUCGCACCGACAAUCUGUUUGAGCAGCUUAAAGAUCCUGUAAAGGGAAAAUUGAUGUUGAAUGGCGUUUGCGAAGGCAUGCUGCAUGUCGGAGAUACAGGCACACUAAGUGCGGACCGCUAAACGCCUUACACCAGAUCUACUAUUGAUUGCGUUGCAGGGUACUUAAGGCAAGGGCAUGAUGGCCGCAUUUUUUGAUGCAUAAAUUAUAAUAUAAAAAUGAGUCCCAUCACCCCCGGGGGCAUAGCCGGGUAACCAAGGAAUGCGCUCCCUCUACCUGACCGCACAGGCCCUGGAGGGAGGACGGUUUUACACGGGCCUCCAUGCCCCUUUGUAUGCGUGUAAAACUAGAUUAUUGCCCACUUUUUUCCGGUUUAUUGUUCCCUGUUUACCCCUUCCCUCGUCUGGUUCUAGUUGAUUUUUAUUUAAAACUAGGGCAAUAAUCAUCACAUGAUUUGUAUUUUUGAAACUUGUGUGUAAUGCACUUCUCCCCCCUCAGCAUGAUUGCACUCUCUUGCGGGAUGUAUUUUUAUUUUUUUUUAUUUAUGGACGUCUGGUACUCCUGAUGAUGAAUCUUUUGAUGAAAUCAGGCUCAGGACUGUGUUCUGUCCGUCUGCGUCUGCUCUACCCUCGUUGUUACCCCCUGUUGUGGUAAACACGUGGCAUGUUCGGUUCACCUCUUCGUUCUGUCCCUGUUGUUGCGUCCGGGCCCUGACGACUCUGAAUUCUGGCAGCGCUUCUUCCACACACGCAUCCUUUGAUCUCUCCUAUCAUAUUGGAUAAGGAAAGUCUGAUUCCUCUGCGGUCUUUACUGCCUUUGCUUCUUCGGUUUAUGCAGAUGUCAACAAUCUAAUGCGUCUCGGUUUUUCAGCCCCUCUGCCAUUUUCAGCUUCUCUCUGUUGUCAUGGGCCCCCGUCUGACUCGCCUCGAAAUUUCCGAUUUUUUUUCUUGUCGAGUUGGAAAAUAUUGAGAUGAAUUCGAUCGGUAUACAAGAAAAAACAUGAAAAAAUCUGGAUUCACUAUUCUUCGAUCUCGGUAGUCGUGGAAUUCAAUUAUUCUUGAUGUAAAAUUCUUUCAUUCAAUACCUCGGUAAACUUCAAAGCUUUUGUUUCGUUCCCGCCCCCCUUACCUUAGGAAAUCUUGUGCUAGUUCAUCGGUGUCGUCCUUUUAUAUCAGUUGUUGAAAGGGGGCCCCUUUCUGUUCUUUCCGGUAAUUCUGUACCCUCGGUUGGAGUUCUUCCUCCCUAAACCCUUCGGGGAUCGGUUGUUGUUGCCCUCCUCCUUCCUCCAUCGGUUGUUGUUGUGCUGCUAUUUUCCUACCUCGGUCAUUCGUUCAAAUCUGGUGGCAAACCUAGUCUUAUUACCGUUCUGUAUCCAUCCUUGUAAAAAUAUAUACCAUGAUAUAUCAUUUAGAAAGCAUUUCGCUUCGCUUCACUUCACUCCGCCCUACAGUAAAGUAAAAAAUAUAUACUAUAGGGUCGGAAAGCUCUAACAAUGGUUUUUCUUGCUUCUGUUCGUGGUGGUUGGCCUUGGUCAUUGUUUGUUUCGUCUUCGUCUGGUUUCUUCAUAAUGCCCACUUCGGUCUGCCUGGCUAUUGUGAUUCCGUCCACUUUAGCCAGUUGAUUCCUCUCCCUCACGAGGCGUCGAGUCCUCGGUUUGUGUACCCUGUGGUGAGAAUUACACCUCUCAUCCUGUCGGAGAUCAUAUUUCCCAAAGUGAUGGAGUCAGCAGCUCGUUCUGUUUCCUCGUGCCUCCUUACCAAAGGAAAAAGAGACUUUCGGCCCCAUACGAUACGCUCUGGCACCAGUCCCUGGGAUCCGGUUCGUAGCCCAUCGCGCGUCUAUGGUUCCCAUAAUAGUUUGACUCGCCCUUGGUCACUCUUCCAUGGAUCUUCCUUUGAUGGAGCGUAAUGCAGUCGCAUCAGGGUGGCGGUCUCCUCCAAAACCCGGGCCUUGCUCACUUCACUUCACUUCACUUCACUUCACUUCACUUCACUUCACUUCACUUCACUUCACUUCACUUCACUUCACUUCACUUCACUUCACUUCACUUCAAUGAGUCCCAUCAAAUAAGUCUUCUGCGGGCAUCAAAGACAGGGCUCAGCGUCAUGAGGAACUGAACUUGGUUGUGUUGCGUUUCGGUCGUAAACUUUUUCAAAUCCAUAAUAGUGUUGCAAAGGCUUCAUAAGUACUCACUCGGGCUGCAACAGAUGAAAUUGAUUCUUCGUCGUUUCUUGAUACAAACAACAGCAGCAAGUGCCAGCGCUGUCAUGGAUGGCAGUAGUAGUAUCGCUGAAGUGACGCGGAAGGCGGACGCGAGCAAGCACGGAACAUCAUCCAGUGUCACCCAGUGCCACUUUCCCGCUUCGCCGGAAUCUGUCUUGCCAACGAACCAGCCGUCUCCCGAAUGGGGGCGCGGGGUUUCGGAGGAAGUGGGAGGCGGCCCUUGCCCCGCGGGGCGGGCGCGCGGCCGGGGGGAGGGAGCUGCGCGCCCCCCGUGGUGGUAGUUUUGUUGCGAAAAAACAUGGAACGCCGCGGCCGCGCUUCUUUCUUGUAAUGGAUGGGGGGCAUGGUGGGACAUGCAAGAUAUUGGAGCAGGCCCAUGCAUGGGGCCAGUGGCUGGGCGCGCAGCCACUUCGGCUGCCCGGCCGGCGGUGGUGCCGGUCUGUGGCCUCUGCCAUUUACCAAUGUGCGGGGCAUGUUUGGCCGCCUCAAGGGGGGGCGCCCGCCCAAAGGCAGGCCCGUGAACCGCAGCGCAAGGCCGCAGGGGCGGGCCCGGGCGUUGGUCGUUGUGUCGCUCGGCCCACCCAGGCCAAGGAACGGCGAGGGCGGUCAGAUGUGUGGUCUGAUGUGAGCCUUGCUUGCAGCCAUGCGAGUACAUGCGGUGCCUGUGUUGGCCGGGCGGCGCGGCUGCGUUUGGGCGCCUGAGAACAAAGGCGGGGGCGCCUGGAUAAAACGCCCGUCCCGCCGCGCGAGUUUCCCGGCCCGGCGGGCAAUCAGGCGAACACACUCGCACCAAAGUGGGCAUGGCAGGGGCAGCAGUUUCCAUGGCCGGCCAACACCGGCACAGGGGGCUUCGCUUGGGCACCGGCGAAAUAGCCAAGCAGCAGCGGAGCCCGCCCCGCGUACAAUGUGCGUCCUGGGGGGUGUAUUGUGUCCUCGCAGUCUUGCCAGGCCUCCGCGUUCCCACUGUCUGCUUUUCCGGCUGCGCGACACCUCUUUUUCCCUCUGUGCAAUUGCUGCCCAGCACGCACGAUAGGCCAUCGCCAAGGCCUCGCCGCCGCUUUUGCAAGGUUUUUCUUGCUGUUUUGCGCGUUUUUUCGGUGGAUUUUUGACGCCCCCUGCUUCUUUUCUUGUGUGGCGCAACUUCACUUCUUUCGGAUUUAUCCGAAAGGGUUUGCGGAUUUAUCCGAAAAGUUAAGGCUUUUUAUCCUUAACUUGAUGCUUACUCUUUUUAUCUUCAUUCUCCCCAACAAACAACAGCAGCAAGUGCCAGCGCUGUCGUGGAUGGCAGUAGUAGUAUCGCUGAAGUGACUAUUCAAGAAAAAAACACCAUCACAAUCACUUUUGCACACUUUUGCAACACAAAAAUUUUUGUCAUGCGCAAAAAUGCAUCACAGUCAAGACUUGUAGGCGAUUUCCCUUUGUGUUUUUGCAAUACAAGAAAAAUUUGUCAUGCGAGACAAAUUUCUGAUGCAAAACCUCCUAAGUGUGAUUGUGAUGGUGUUUUUUUCUUGGAUAGUGACGCGCAAGGCGGACGCGAGCAAGCACGGAACAAAGCACGGAACAUCAUCCAGUGUCACCCAGCAGCGGCCGUCCUCCAGCAACGGAGAUCAGAAUCAAGCUGCGAGUACUAUGAGCACGUCAGAUUUAUUGAGUGCAGCUGCUGGUCUCGCUGCUGUGACAUCCUCGUCACCGGGGACGUAUCAAAUGAAAUAAUGCACAUCUGUCUGGCAGCUCUGAAAGGAUGCAAGACAAUGCAGGCUUGGCGGGCAUAAGUACUUAAAUAAGAAUUUCUGACGCGUGUCAUAUGCAUGUUGCGGAACAGCGUUGCUGCUCACUUUGUCAUGCGAUAACGUGAUCUGUCUGGCGCAAACGCAAUACGCACUACAGAACCGCUUUACAAUUUCAAUUUGGCACACCUGGCUGUCUUCUAGCUACUGCAGGUCCAGUUGUCAUCCAGGCACUAGCAUCACAACAUUCCAGACCCAGACAUAUUUUGUAUGUAUAGGAAGAGAGGCGGGGGGCUCGGGGCUUUGCUGGCUGCAAGCAAGCUAAAGAACAAAGCUGCCGGCGCAGCAGCCGGAUCCAUAUCGUACGGAAAAAUCUACUGGCAUAUAAGCAGACGAUGACGAUAUACAGUGUCAUAUUAAUCUGUAGCUCUUCUUCUACUCACUCCAGAGAGCGCUUCUGGUGGAGCAGAUCGCCUCCUGACACGACGAGAGCAAGCAGAUGUGGAAGACGUUGACUUUUUUGCUUACUUAUGGCUUUUCUUGUUGUAGUAUGUGUAAAUAAAGUAUGUAGUUGAAAAGUGUCAUGUGCCGGUGGUUUUGUCGAUGAUGGUGGUCCAACGCGAACAAAAAGAGUGCGUUGGCGAUGCUGGUGGGAGCAAACAAGAAUGUUGCUGGGAGUGCGACGACAAGAAAGCGCUUUUCGUCCUCGUCUGACGGCGGGAAAACCCAGACGGCGCUGGAAAAGAUGAGCGGUGCAGGUGCGCCAGCGCUGCACGCCCACGCGCCACCGGGACCAGCUCCACUGCUGCUCAACAGCGAUCAGCCACAGUAUGAGAGUGCACAACUGCUCCCUUGCGAAAAAUUACCACACGACAAUUGUCACGUGAUUGACCCUGUUACGCACGGCGCAUACCGCUUCCACGCAAUAGUCUUAUUAGUGUAGUGCUAUGGUGGAGGGUUAACUGCUCUGCGGUGCCCGCGUCUGUCGAGCACAAGUAGUCGUACUUGGCACAAGUUUUAGGUGCUACACUACUCGCCACACCGCAACCCAACCCAACCCAACCAGAUUUACUGUGCUGUGACACAGCAAGCGCAACCUCACGGUACGCCUUCUUUAUCAUUAGUCAGUAGAAGGCUCGUCCUGUCGUGCCGCAGCUCCCGGCCGCUAGAUCUACGAAUGCAUGCAAAAUACCAAAACACCACGGUGCUUAUUUUUGCGAACUGUGUACGUUACAUGUCGAGUCCCGGACCUCGACCGGGCAUUACAGAAAUGAGGGGGGGGGGGAAUUGUCCACGUUCAUACGCAGGCCAGAGCCAGUCCCGCCUUUGGCGAGUCUCCCAUGAAGCCCAACAACGUCUCACUUACGUCGAAUGGAAGCGCAGAGACCACCAACCAGUUUGCCAAAAAGUCACUGCAGGACCUUGUCGUGAUGAAAAAUCAGAUGGGAUCUCUAGACGAGAAGCUGGCUGAGAUGGCACGAGCUCUACAGAGAUAA